AUGGCCAAGGAUCUAAGGUGGCACUUCAGCAACAAGAGCACCGAUGGGAAGCUUCGCCAUCCUGUUGAUUCAGUCACAUGGGAUCAGACGAAUGAAAAGUAUCCUGGCUUUGCCGCUGAGGAAAGGAACAUGAGGCUUGGGCUUUCAACAGACGGAUUUAAUCCGUUCAAUAUGAAGAAUACGAUGUACAGUUGCUGGCCAGUACUGUUAGUGAACUACAACUUGCCACCUGAUUUAUGUAUGAAGAAGGAGAACAUAAUGCUUACACUGUUGAUUCCUGGUCCACAACAGCCUGGUAAUAGUAUAGACGUUUACUUAGAACCUCUCAUCGAUGAUCUACAGCAUCUGUGGAGCACUGGAGAGUUGGUCUACGACGCUUUAACGCGAUCUACCUUCACGCUGAGAUCAAUGCUGCUUUGGACGAUCAGUGUUUUCCCGGCUUAUGGGAACCUUGCAGGCUGCAAAGUUGGAAAUAAGAGGAAAAGAAUGGUCUGUACUGAUUUAGGAUCCAGUGAAGCAGAGGAAGAGGAAGAGGAAGAAUUAGAAGUUGAUGAGGAUGAGUUAUCUAGAUGGAAGAAGAGGUCAAUAUUUUUCAAGCUUCCUUAUUGGGCAGAACUCCUGGUUAGGCACAACUUAGAUGUUAUGCAUGUUGAGAGAAAUGUGGCUGCUAGUCUAGUCUCGACAUUGUUGCACUGUGGGAAAUCUAAGGAUGGUCUUCCUCCUCGUAAAGAUCUUGAGGAUCUUGGCAUUAGGCAGGAUUUGCACCCUCGCAGCCAGGGGAAACGAACAUAUCUUCCUCCAGCUCCGUGGUCCUUGUCCAAGACAGAGAAGAAGAUAUUCUGCAGGCGACUAUUUGACUUCAAAGGGCCAGAUGGGUACUGUUCCAAUAUCUCUAGAGGAGUUUCGUUAGAUGAGUGUAAGGUCACAUGGCUUAAAUCACAUGACUAUCAUGUGUUAAAGCAGCAACUGCUUCCAAUUUCUCUCAAAGGGCUGUUACCUAAAGGACCUAGGCUAGCAAUUUCAAGGUUAUGCGCAUUCUUCAAUAUGUUGUGUCAGAGAGUGAUCGACAGGGAACAGCUUUUGGUAAUGGAAGCAGAGAUUGUAGAGAUGCUUUGCUUGUUCGAAAGAUAUUUUCCUCCAAGUUUCUUUGAUAUCAUGGUCCACUUGACUGUGCAUCUAGGAAGGGAAGCACGCCUUGGAGGACCUGUCCAUUUUAGAUGGAUGUACCCAUUUGAGAGGUACAUGAACGUCCUUAAAGACUUUGUCAGAAAUCCUGCUAGACCAGAAGGCUGCAUCGCUGAGUCUUAUCUAGCUGAGGAAUGUAUGAAGUUUUGCAGUGAAUUUCUGAAGAAGUCAACAAAUGUAGAAGACAAAAUAGAAAGGAACAUGGAGUAUGAGAAUAGCUCCAUCUUAGAGGGUCGUCUAAUAUCAGCUGGAAAAACAAUUACACUCACUGAAAUGGAGAAGCAAAUAGCACAUCUUGCUAUCAUCCAAAACCUUGCUCUUGUCGAACCUUAUGUAGAUGAGCAUCUCCAGUAUCUACAAGACUCAGAUGGAAGCUGUAGGAGAGAUGCAUCAACUUUAUGGAGUACGCAUACUAAGCAUUUUGCUUCAUGGCUAAAAAGAAAAGGCUUCAUUGUCAAUGGUCAGAGGUUUCACACGGCAUCACUUGAUAGGAAAAGUCAGAAUUCUGGGGUUUAUUAUGAGGCUACGGUAGUUUGCAGAGCUAGUGCCAAAGAUACAUCACAGGUGGUUGAUUGGGUAUCUUACUACGGCAGAGUAACGAACAUCAUUCUGAUUGAUUACAAUGUCUUCUACGUUCCUCUCUUCCGGUGUCAGUGGGCAGUAAAGGGUAAUGGAGUGAAGAUUGAAGAUUGUUUUACACUUGUGAACAUGACUCAUAGUCAAGCAUCUUUUUCAAGUGAUCCUUACAUACUAGCUUCUCAAGCGAAGCAAGUCUUUUACUCGAGGGAAAAACGAGUCCUCUAA